CCAAUGUACCUCAAAACUAGUAGGAUUUUGUCAUUUGAUUCCACCAAAUAACCCCUGUUUCUUAAACUGAAACUGGGUUCAAUCGUGAAUCUCCUCGGAUUAAAACUCUGUCAAUCCCAAAUAAGAAUGUGUUUAUUUUCUCUCAAGGCAUAGAUUAUGAUUUCUGCAUCUUAUUGUGUUUUGAGAAUCGUCAACAGACUCAUCUGACAACUUACAAUCGGAACCGUAGAAUUCUAUCCAUGCUAUCAUUUGUUAAAGUUUUUGGACGUGCUGUUCCGUUUACACAAAUUCUUCAGCAAUAAAUCAGUCGUUUUCUAACUGAAUCUGAUUCUCAAAGAUCUCUCGUUUACAAAUUCAGCAUUUAUAAAAGGUUCGUCUCCUACAUUUCCAUUCUUAGAGAAUCGAUUCCAAACCUACAUUUUAAGCUGUCUUUGUUUCUUUAAUCCUUCUGAGUUCUGCAAUUUCUGGAAUUGGUUUCAGAUCAUCCCAGUUCAGAGCAGAAUUUGCCUGUACUGAACUCACUUUUCAUCUUUGUUUACCUGAUUUACUCUUUUUCUGAAUAGAUCUUAUCAAUUUUGUUUACCAUACCAUAUAAGUUUGGAGCUGUUAUGGCCCUUGUAAAGUCUGAUAUUGGUGGUAACAUUUCAAGGUUGGAAGCCAAAUACAAAACCAAUCCGUCCAAAUAUAAACACUUGUAUAGUAUUAUACAGGAAGAGGUUGAUGCUAAAACAGGAUCAUAUUUUUAUGCCAGUGGUCUUCUUUGGUUAACAAGAGCAAUGGAUUUCCUUGCAGUAUUGUUCCGCAACUUGCUUGCUCAUUCCAAUUGGACAAUGUCACAAGCUUGUACAGACUCUUAUGGCAAGACUCUAAAAAAAUGGCACGGGUGGCUUGCUCGUUCAAGUUUCACUUUGUUUUCUAACUGAAUCUGAUUCUCAAGGAUCUCUCGUUUACAAAUUCAGCAUUUGUAAAGUGGAAGUGAAGCAUAACAAUGGCAGGAAGUGUUUUUACUCCUUGUCUGGAAGAAAUGAAGAAUGUUAGGUCCCCAGAAGGGCAAAUUCUCGCCAAGCCUUUCCUGGAUGUUUGCAAAAUGAUUUUGCCUGUCAUUGAUAAAUUUGGAGCUGCUAUGACCCUUGUAAAGUCUGAUAUUGGUGGUAACAUUUCAAGGUUGGAAGCCAAAUACGAAACGAAUCCAUCCAAAUAUGAACACUUGUAUAGUAUCAUACAGGAAGAGGUUGAUGCUAAAACAGCAAAAGGAUCAUCUAGUUGUACCAAUGGUCUUCUUUGGUUAACAAGAGCAAUGGAUUUCCUUGUAGAAUUGUUCCGUAACUUGCUUGGUCAUCCCGAUUGGACAAUGUCACAAGCUUGUACAGACUCUUAUGGCAAGACUCUAAAACAAUGGCAUGGGUGGCUUGCUAGUUCAAGUUUCACUGUUGCCAUGAAGCUUGCACCAGAUAGGAAGAAGUUCAUGGAAUGGUAUAAUCAUUUUUCUAGCCAUGUUUGUUGGAAGUUGCCGCACUGCAUGUUAUUAGUAGAAGAAAGAUAUCAACUUCUUUCGUUUUACUUUCCAAAGUGGCACCUGCAUCUCUCUGAAUUAGGAAGCCAUUGUCAACAAGAUGAAGGGUAUUUUCAAAGGUUUAAAAUACUUCCUACAAAUGUUCGAGUUUGAUGAAAAAGAACCAGAAAUGAAAAUUGGGCUUCCCACAGAUGUGAGGCAUGUCGCACAUAUUGGACAUGAUGGUGCAUCUGCCAAUACGCCAAGUUGGAUGAAUGAGUUUAAUUCUAACCAGGAGCCUUCAGCUGGAGCUGCUGGUGCAACUCAAAACCAUAAUGCCAGUGAGAAACCAAAGCACAAAUCAAGGCGCAAAUCAUCAACUGGCUCUGGCUCACCUUUUGGUUCCCCAAAACCUGAGAAGCAAAGCAGGCGCCGCUCUUCAAAUACUUCAAUGGAUUCCCCUAGCCGUGACCCAACAAGCAAUCUUAACAGAAGAAAGGGCAGUUCAAGCCUAAGUGUUGACUCACCCAUGCAUGAUGCUUCCAUGCCUCCAAAACACUCUCGUCAGAAGAAGUCAUCAAAGGGAUCAUCUGGUGGUGGAUCGUCAAAGGGAUCAUCUGGCUGUGGGUCAUCAAAACCAUCCAGAUCAAAAGGCCAGAAUUCUUUGCCUGAUGUCCUAGAACUUGAAUCUUAGGACGUGCAGUCAACACAGUUCACUUUCAGAAGCACAUUUAGGCAUCUAAGGGAGAUGGGAGCUUAAGGGACUAGAGUCAUGAAUUUGUAAGUUUGACGUUUUUUAAGCAUACCCACCGCUGCAUCGAGGUGUGUAGUCCAAAUCAAUUCCUUCUUCCAUUGUUGCGUCAAUUUUGGUUUGUAGAGAUCAUUGGCACAUUCCAUGGCUAAAAAAAGGCUUUUGAAAUGACAAUACACAAGUUUUGAAACU